AUGAAGAAUUCUUCUCAUAAGCUAUCUAUUCUAUUGUCAGUUUUGUCUUCCAUUCCAUCCUCUCCUGAAAACCAUUCAAGCUCAUAGUUCUUUAACAGGAUGCUCAAACUAUAAUUAGUAAGCUAAUUAUUUUUGACAUCAUAUUAUACUGGCCCAUCAAUUUUGGUUAUGGAUUAAAGUAAGAUGAAUUAUUAAAGAAUUCUUAGGUAUAGACCAUUGA